UGAAUGCAGCCCGUGACGCCUUCCUCAGCCAAGUGAAUGAGCUCAAGGCAGAGCUAAUGGAGGAGAGCGAGAAGGUCGUGAGCCUGAGGACACAGCUGGGAGAUGUGUCUGUCCUGCAGACAACUCUGAAAGAGUUUCAGGUCAGAGUUGAAGAUUUGGAAAAUGAACGGAAAUUGCUGAGUGAUAGUUAUGACAGACUCGUGCAAAACCUGCUGGAGAGCAGUCAUCCGCCUCCCUGGAGCAGGGAGCUCUCCAGAGAGCAGCUACCGCAGGAAGCCUGUCCGCCGCAAGACCAGCUGGACCCUGGGCUGGAGGAAACAAAAGUCCUGCUCCAGGCAGCCAGCGAGAAAGCAGCUCAAGGUGAAGAUCUGAAGCUUGAAGUCCCCAACAUCUGUCACGAACAUAAAUGGGAGGAAGAGAGUCUCCAGACAACAGACACGGCGCCCCUGUCUCUGGAAGAGCUGUCUGAACCGCAUGGUCAGCCCACUCCGCUCCAACAGAUAUGUCAGGGAGAGUCCAGUGAACCAAAAACUCAAGAAGAAAACAACCUGUCCCAGAAGCUAAGCGAGUUGCAAGUAUCACACGCAGAGACCACACUGGAACUAGAAAAGACCAGAGACAUGCUCUUCCUGCAGCGCAAAAUCAACGUGUGUUAUCAGGAGGAGCUAGAGGCAAUGAUGACAAAAGCUGAUAACGAAAAUAGGGACCACAAAGAGAAAGUGGAGAGGCUGAAUCACCUCCUAGAUCUCAAGAACUGCCGCAUAAAGCAACUGGAAGAGCAGCUCAAAGAUAUUGCUUAUGGCACUCGGCAACCGUCAUUGUGUCUGGAGUCAAGGCCAGGCCACAGAGGUGAGGAUGAAGUGGACAUUUCCCUGCUGCAUCAAAAUGAGAAUCUUUUUGAACUGCACAUCCACCAGGCCUUCCUGACACCUGGUGCCCUCAUACAGGCUGGAGAUGCUCAGCCUACUACCUUCUGCACUUAUUCCUUCUACGAUUUUGAAACCCAUUGCACCCCAUUCUCUGUUGGGCCACAGCCCCUCUAUGAUUUCACCUCCCAGUUUGUAGUGCACACAGAGUCCCUUUUCUUGCACUACCUUCAAGAAACUUCAGUCCGGCUCGAUCUCCAUCAGGCCGUGGCGAGUGAGCAUCACAUCCUCGCAACUGGAUGGAUUUCACUUGACAAGGUGCUAGAGACCUUGGAGAAAGUCCAUGGCUUGGCCACACUUACUGGAGCUGGUGGAGAAGACUUGGGGGUGUUAGAGUACUGGAUGAGGCUGCGUUUGCCGCUAAAAUCCAGACUCCAGGCCUGCAAUAAGCAAAAGAAAGCCCAGGCCUACCUGUCAGUCAAUGCGCUUGGAGCUUGGAAGGCCUGGAAGGAUGAGUCCAGAUCCGAGACUCGGACACUUCGGAACGAACUGCGGAUUGAAAUCACCAGAUGCUGCGGUCUCCGGAGCCGAUGGCUGGGAACUCAGCCCAGCCCGUAUGUCAUGUAUUGCUUCUUCACCUUUCCUGACCAUGACACCACCAUCAUCCCAGCCAGCGACAGUCCACACUUUGCAGACCAGGCUCUGUUCCCAGUGCGUGUGACCUCUGACCUGGACCGGUAUCUGAGGCGGGAAGCCCUGUCUAUAUACGUCUUCGAUGAUGAGGACUCAGAGCCCGGCUCCUAUCUUGGCAGGGCUCACGUGCCCUUGCUGCCUCUUGCACAAAACAAACCCAUCAAAGGUGAAUUCAAUCUCAUGGAUUCUUCAGAGAAGUCCAGCGGAUUCAUCCAAGUGCAACUAGACUGGAUGUCUCAGUACCGGCCUCCAGAGGCCCUGAAACCAGAAGCUGAGACGGAGGAUGAGGACAACAAAGAUGGUUUGGAGGCCUCAAUCACAGAAGAACCGGCCCCUGCUCUUCCCCAGAACCAGAUGGCAUCUAGAGAGACUCCUAUUGAGGCAGGCCAAUAUCACGUAAAGAGAAAAUCUCCCCCAACAGCAGAAAGGCAGGCUAAAGAACACCAGAUUGCAUGCUACUCAAGAAGAAGGCACAGCCAAAGAACAGGUGUCCAAGGCAAGAACCGAAUGGAAUAUCUGAGCCGUAACAUCUUGAACGGAAAUACACUACAGAUGCACUACAGUGAACGGAAGUUCUCAGGGCUCCAGAUGUCUGAGGAUGAUGACUUUAAAUUUCAGGACAAGGAAGAGAAAACGCCGCCGUCUCAACCAGCUCCAAGACAGGAGACCCCCUCACCUCCUAUAAAUGCAGAUCAAGAAUCCUCUGGACAAGCUUCUGAAGUGAGUGAAGCCCAGACUCUCGACAGUGAUGACAUCAUAGUGACACCCCAGUCUCAGUCGUGUCCCAAAGCUGAUUCAGAGAAGAUGUGCAUUGAGAUUGUCUCCCUGGCCUUCUGCCCAGAGGCUGAAGUCUUGUCUGACGAGAACAUACAGCAGGUGUAUGUAGAGUACAAGUUCUAUGAUCUGCCGCUGUCAGAGACAGAGACUCCGGUGUCCCUGAGGAAACCUAGGGCAGGAGAGGAAAUCCACUUCCACUUUAACAAGGUGAUAGACCUGGAUCCAGUGGAACAACACGGCAGAAGGCAGUUUCUGUUUGCCAUGCUGCAUGCUCAAGAUCCUGAAGAGGGACGUUUAAAGUUUACAGUGGUAAGUGAUCCUCUGGAUGAAGAAAAGCAAGAAUGUCAAGAUGUAGGCUAUGCGUACCUUGAACUGUGGCAGGUGCUUGAAUCUGGAAGAGAUGCCCUAGAGCAAGAACUAGAGAUUGUGAGCCCUGGAGACCAGGCCAUCCAAAUCGGAAGGCUGAAGGUUUCCCUUCGUGCAGCUGCUGCCCUCCAUAGCAUUUACAAGGAAAUGACUCAUGAAAGAGCUACUCCACUCUAAGAUCUGAGGGAAUCUCCUAUAAAGGAACAUGCUAUGCCACAAACCUGGUCUCCUGUGCUAUCUGCUGUCUGUUUCUCAAACUAAUGGCAAGGCUCACAGCCACCAGUGAACUUCUGUGGUACUAGUUGGAUAAAGGCAUUUUGUUCUAACAUCUUAACAUUCUAGUAUGCAAAACUUGAUUUCAGGAACUGCAAAGAAAUGGUCAUAAAAGACAAAUUUACAAAAAACAAAAACAAAAAAAUCCCGGUUUAUUUAUCUUUUAGUUCUUCCAAAAUUCAAAAUAUCAAGUCCUACUGCUAAGGAGAGAAAACAAACAAACAUAAAAUCUGAGAAGCCCCUUCUCUUAGAGUCACAGCAGAAGAGGCGAAGUGGACAGGUGGAUGCAGGGAGCCUGCAGGGAGGACGGCAAGAUAAAGUCCCCCAGUGCUUCAAAGCUGAUCAUCACAAGUGACCAACAUAAGAUACUGCAGAGAAAGGAAAGGCAGGAGCAGCAGAGUCCAGCCUUGUAGUAUGGCCUGCUCCUGUUCUCUUCUUGUCAAGAUAUUUUAUGCCAAGGCAUGACUGUGUUGACUCCCUUGAGCCUCCCUCUAGAUCUCACCUGCAGGACGAGGCAUGACCAUUCUUCCUUAGCUGUGGCAGGAGAGACAGUGGUAACUGUGCCUUCCAGCAUAGGAAGGAGAUAACCCAGCCAUGGAGUUCCAGUACUCAUGUCUUCCAAGGCAGCAGAAAUGCCUCAAAAUACGCAUGAAGCAAGAAACCAGGAAAACUUAAGGCCAGCCGUCAGCCCACAAUGCCGUUAGCUCAGCUGUGUGUAUCACAAUCAUUAGCAAAGCCCAAGAACCUUUCUUGAGAACUUCAGAUCGGAACUUAAAAGCAAACCUGAGGGGCCAGAACCAUGCUUCAGCUAAGGAUGGCGGCUCAGGCCUGCAAUCCCAGCACUUGGGAGGCAGAGCAAGAGGAUUACAAGUUUGAGGCCAGCCUGGUUUACAGUGACUUCAAGGUCAGCCACAGCUACAUAGCAAGACUGUCUCAAAAAGCCAUGAAAAAAUAAAAAUGCAAAGAAAAAGAACCAUAGUAGAAAUAGUUAAUGGUCAGCUCAUACCACUGUCUUGGUAAUUCAGCUUUGAAACACCAAAGAUAGGUUGUCAAAAGAAAACAAACGGUAUCAAGGGUGGGAGGAGCCUCCUGCCCUUCAACAUCGCCUCCUUUGCCAGCCAUCUGAGUGGGGCCACUGGCACAUGUCCUGGUGGGCCUGGAAUUCCCCGAAUAGCUUGGUCCACACAAAUGGCCCCUAAACCCAUAAA